AUGGACGAAUUUGGUGUAUUAACCGAACGCUUCGGCUUGAAGCCGCAAGGUAAAUCAGCUCCAAUGGCUUCCUCCAAGCGAUCUACAUCAACAACCCCCGCCGAUUCCUCCUCCCGCUCAUUUCGAUCCCGUUCCCCACAAAACGGAUCCGGAUCUCCCCAAUAUCCAUCUUUCGAUUUCAAUUACGGCGUUUUCGGGAGCAGCGGUAUCAAAGCGCCGCGUCCGGGAGGUUUUGACAAUGGCAUUGACGACAUCUUUGGCGGAAACGGAAACGGAAACGCCAGAUCGAAUGUCGGCAAGGGUGUUACCCUUGAUGAUGAUCUCAUGUUCGGUGGUUUGAGUCAGUCGGUUUCGACUUCUUCGUCGUCACAGGUUUAUGUGGAUGAUAUAUUCGGUGGAGGGAAUGAAAUAAGUGUUGGUCUUGAUGAUUUGCUAGGUAAGAUUGGUGGAUUGCAUGCCACGAGCAAUAAAAGUUCGAUGAAUAAAUCGCCUGAUUUUGAUGAUUUGAUGGCUGGGUUUGGUGGUAGCAGCGUUAACAAUAACGGGAAAGCAAGCAAACCGACUGCCACAUCUCAUGACGAUCCAUUUUUAGUAUUUGAAACUUUAAGCACAACAUCUUCAGGAUCAUUCCUGGACUCAUUAGAAAAAACGAGUAAGAAUAGUUCUAAAGCAAAAAGUGGAAGCUCCAGUCCCUCCCCAUUAUUGAGGCCUCCACCGUCAGGGAAUGCUUCAAACUCCUUUAACAACUCAAAUAUAUCAUCAAUAGAUGAGCUUGAGAACUUUGCCAUGGGCCAGGUGCAGAGUAAUGCUAAUAGAAGAGCAAAUACCAAUACUGGUGAGAUUAAGCAAAACUCAGCGGCUAAGACAAACAAAGAUAAAGGAUCUCCAGCUACAAAAGUGAAUCAAUCAAAUGGUGCGGAUGAUCUUGAAUCCUUUUUCAGCAUGGGGUCUCGAUCAAACAGUGUACCAAAGUCAAGGACAACAACUAUGGAUCAUAUGUUCGAUCGCCAAGUAAACAAUAAACAAAAACAUGAAGGAUCACAAAGAGUGCCAUCACGAUCCCCAGCCAAUGCAAAAAAAUCUUCACCCACAACAUCUUUUGAUGACUUGUCAUUGAUAUUUGGCGCUUCCCCAUCAUCGGAAUUUGAGGAAAUGGAAGGUGAAACUGAAGAAAGGAGAAAAGCGAGAUUGGGACGUCACCAGAGAACCCAAGAGCGAGCGUUGAAAGCAGUGGCUGAUAUGAACCAGCGUGAACUUCAAUCUAAGAUGGAGCAAGAAGAGAGACGUCGAAUAGCCGACACUGUGGAUGUUCAGAUAAAGAGGUGGGCUGCAGGGAAAGAAGGCAAUAUGCGGGCAUUGCUUUCAUCAUUGCAAAAUGUUCUUUCGGCAGAUUGCGGGUGGCAACCAGUGUCUUUGACGGACAUGAUCACUUCAACUUCAGUGAAAAAAGUGUAUAGAAAAGCCACAUUAUGUAUUCAUCCAGAUAAAGUCCAACAGAAAGGUGCUAAUCUUGAGCAAAAAUAUACUGCGGAGAAGGUUUUUGACAUCCUUAAGGAAGCCUGGACUAAGUUUAAUGCGGAAGAGCUUUGCUAA